UCAGUGGCUGGUACUACCUCCUCGGGGAGGACCUGGGCAGGACCAAGCACCUGAAGGUGGCCAUGAGGCGGCUGAAGCAGAGCACAGAGCCGGUACUGGGAAGUCAGAGUGCAGCUCAGGAGAGCCAGGAUGCUGUCACCCUGAAGCAGCUGAAGAUCACGAUCCCUCGAGGGAGUGAUGGCUUUGGUUUCACCAUCUGCUGUGACUCCCCAGUCCGUGUGCAGGCCGUGGACUCCGGUGGCCCAGCAGAGAAGGCAGGUCUGCAGCAGCUGGACACGGUGCUGCAGCUGAAUGAGCAGCCUGUGGAGCACUGGAAAUGUGUGGAGCUGGCUCACGAAAUCCGGAACUGUCCCACUGAGAUCAUCCUGCUGGUGUGGAGGCUGGUCCCGCAGGUGAAGGCAGGCCCCGAGGGGAUGAUCCGCAGGUCCUCCUGCAAGUCCACCUACGACCUGCAGUGCCCCCCGCACAAGCGGGAGAAGAACAGCGCGGGCCCCGCGGCCGAGCAGCGCCGCAGCUGCCACGUCCUGUGUGACAGCAGCGAGGGGCUGCUGCUCAACGGCUGGGACAGGUACACCGAGCUGGGCAAGAGGGGCCAGAACACCCUGCCAGCCCUAUCCCGGGUGCCCUCGGCCGCCGACCAGAACUACAUCAUCCUGACGCCCCUGAACCCGGGGAGCCAGCUGCUGAGGCCUGUCUAUCAAGAGGAUGACACUACUGGGGGGAAUGCUUCUAAAGGGAAAUCCCACACGGGCUCUGGGAGGAAAUCCAGGCUGAUGAAGACUGUGCAGUCCAUGAAGAGCUAUGGGAACUACCAGAACUGCACCAUAGUGAGACCCCACAUCCCACACUCCUACGGCACCUAUGUGACCCUGGCCCCCAAAGUGCUGGUGUUCCCCAUCUUUGUGCAGCCCCUUGAUCUCUGCAACCCAGCCCGGACUCUGCUUCUGUCGGAGGAGCUGCUUCUUCACGAGAGCAGGAACAGGACUACAGAGGUGACCCUCUUUGUCUACUCGGACCUGCUGCUCUUCACCAAGGAGGACGAGCCCGGGCGCUGCAACGUGCUGAGGAACCCUCUGUACCUGCACAGUGUCAAGCUCCAGGAGGGUUCAGAAGAUCGGAAGUUCUGCCUCCUUUACCUCGCAGAGAAGUCGGAGUGCUUAUUAAGUUUGGAGGCUUACUCCCAGGAGCAGAAGAAGAGGAUCUGCUGGUGUCUGGCUGAGAACAUCACCAAGCAGCAACAUCCGGCAUCAGCUCCUACGGAGAGCAAGAUGCUGGAGACAGACACGGAGAAGCCGGGGCAGAUGCACUCGGAGGACGGGAAGGCAACCGUGGGUGAUGCUCCUCCGGCUGCCGAGGCACCGGCUCCGGCCGAGCCCUGGGAUGCCCUGGGAGCCACCCAGGGCCCUCUCCUGGUGGAAAAGCAGCCAGUGGCCACUGCAAAGGGAGAGGAGCAGCCCAGCUCCCUGCCAGCCUUCGUCAUCCCGGAGCUGCGCCUCGACAGCACCUUCAGCCAGAGCGCGGCCGGCGUGGCGGGCAGCACCACGGACGGGGAGGACGACGAUGAGGAGGAGGAAGAUGAGGAGGAGGAGGACGAGGAGGAGGACAGUGACGAGCAGUACCUGGAGAGGAACGAGGUGAAGCGCAGCAGCAUGAUCGAGACGUCGGGCUGCCAGCCCGGGUACACGCUGAGCGUGCAGGGCUCCCUGCGGCGCCGCACCCACAGCGAGGGCAGCCUCCUGCAGGAGGCCAAGGGGCACUGCUUCACCUCGGACACCACCCUCAACUGCUCCGACAGCCAGGGCACCACGGCCCGCUGGGCACUGCCCUCCCCCAGGACCCUCAAGAAGGAGCUCGUCAAGAACGGCGGCUCCAUCCACCAGCUCACGCUGCUGUUCUCGGGCCACAGGAAGCUGAGUGGAGCCGACCCCGAGUGCAGCUGUGAUGAAGGGGACGAGACCUCCCGCAAGAAACGGAGCAGGAGCCUCGCUGCCGGCCCCAUGUACCGCGCCAUGGUGGACUUUUCCGAAAAAUACCUGGAAAGGCACCCCAAGUGGCACAGCUGCCUGCACAGACCUCCUUGUUGGCUUUUGCUGCUUUGCUUUGCCAACGCUCCGUCCUUCUCCCGCAGGCCCACUCCCGAGGAAGCACUCAAGUGGGGAGACUCCCUGGAGAAGCUGCUGCUGCACAAAUACGGGCUCGCUGCCUUCAGGGCCUUCCUGCGCACCGAGUUCAGCGAGGAGAACCUGGAGUUCUGGCUGGCCUGUGAGGAGUUCAAGAAGAUCAAAUCCCAGUCCAAGAUGGUCUCCAAGGCCAAGAAGAUCUUUGCCGAGUACAUCGCCAUCCAGUCCUGCAAGGAGGUCAACCUGGACUCCUACACCCGGGAGCACACCAAGGAGAACCUGCAGAACAUCACCCGCAGCUGCUUCGACCUGGCGCAGAAGAGGAUUUACGGGCUCAUGGAGAAGGACUCGUACCCCCGCUUCCUGCGCUCUGACUUGUACCUGGACAUAAUUAACCAGAAGAAAGCCAGCUCCCCGCUGUAGACCCAAGGACUGUCUCAGGGCAGGCUGGGAGCUGUGUGUUUACAUGGAGUUGGGCAGUGAAGGCCUUCCUGGGAGCCGGCGGGAGCGUGUUUUCCUGCUGCCACUCGUGCCCCCAAGCCAUAAUUCCUGCAGCAACGGACGUGGGGCAGCUGAAGGCACCGAGCUUGGGGCCAGGGGGACCGACACACCAAGCAGUCUGGUACUGCUCCAUCGCGGGUACGACGCCUUCGGGGUGACUCCGGCGUGGAUUUUAGCCAGGAGGGGAGCUCCCACGAGACUACUGUGAAGCAGUGCCCCGGCUGUGAGCGUUCCUGGAGGGCGGCGAGUGAUCCCAGAUUGCCCAGGAGGAGUUUUGAGCAGGGCUCCAGCGAGGGGGACAACAGCACCACCAUGAACACCACCCCGGAUCAAAGCCUCGUGGCCUGGCCCAGCCCCAGGAUGCUGCUGUGCUUCCCCGUGCCGUGGUGCCUCCCGGCUGCCCCGCGGCAGCAGCUGCA